AUGCCCGCCGUCUCUGACUCUUCGUCUGUGCAGGGCGGCGCCACGGCGUCGGCAGCCACGGCAGCGCCCGCCGCCAGCGCGUCGACCUCCACCUCUGCCGUGCCGCGCGUUAGUCGCAAGCACGCUCGCGACGACGAGACGGCCGGCGGCAGCAAGCGUCUUCGCGACUCGACCGCUCACAACUCGUCCGUGAAGCGUGGGGACAGCGACGAGGAGCGCGCUGGUGACGGAGACAAAGAUGCCACGGAUCAGCGCAGCAUCAAGCAGCAGAGCCAGGAGAAGCAGAAGGGCCAGGAGAAGCAGACGAGCGAGCAGAAGGUGCAGCAGGGCAAGGGCAUCUACGGCAAGCAGGAGCUCGUCAAGCUUCUGCGCAAUCUAAAUGACGGGGAGGGUGAUCUUCUUGCAAACCUGCAACUGGAGUGCGUGAUGAAGCUACAAUUCCAGACGGGACGUCCAGCGGGAUCCUUUGUCGCAAACAAGGCCAAGGAGGACUUUGACGCCCUCGGAGGCGUGUGGUCUCACGACCUUGACAUUCUCCAGACGGCAAGCGGCGUCUUCAAGGUCAUCGUCAAGGUUCGCAACAUGAGGGGCGAUUGGAAUAUGCCGUCCGUAGCUCGUGGGGUCACCCACGACUUCCUGCUUGCGUGUCCUUCGACGCUGUCGGACACGAUCUUCGAUGUCACUCCGUGCAACUUCGCACUCCUGAUUCACCGAGGCCUGCUCUUUGACCUCACGCUGCAGGAGCAUGUCAAGAGCCUCGACGCACUCUUCUCGCGUCACGACAACUCCUCUCGCUUCAGCGCUAAGCCAUCGGCGCCUCUUCCUCGCCAGCCUCGCGGCGUUCGGCAGCCCUCUGUGCCUCUCUUCCUCCAGCUCCCUCGCGCCUCGAACGGCGCCGACGAGCCGCAGUCAGUCCGCGAGUACCUCGAGGGCUUCUCGAAGCUCGCGAAGGAGGCUGGCCUCCCGGCUGGCGGCAAGAAGCACGUCUGGCGCGAGGGCUGCGCUGCUGAAGCACUUGCUUCGGAGGCGGCGGCGGCGUCGGCGGCAGUGGACAUCCUCGGGUCCUGCUUCCACGCUGCCGGCUCGCUCAAGGGAGACGUGCGCAUCGACUCGGCGGGCCGCGAGACGACGGUGCUGAGCGUCAAGGGCAAGCAGCUCACCAGCCAAGACGUCUUCGUGGCGCAGAUCGCACGUGUCAAGCGCCGCCUCGACAUCCCGGGCGCCUCGACCGCCAAGAGCACGCACGCAGGUGCGUCGAAGUGA